ACAUGGAAGAGCGCUUCUGCCAUAAUACAUUGUAUAUUAUAUAUUUAUAUCAUAUACGACAGCUCCAGCCUCCAUGUGCUGUGUGUCAAUUGUUUUAUAAUUGUCAAAUAACUGUUUACUGUAUUGUUUAUACUACUAGUUUCGCAUAUUUUAUUUAUUCUUAGUUGCUUACUUUGUUUCAAGAGAACCCCUGCAAAAGGUCAAGUGAUAUUGAACUUGCUGUUAUAUUUAGAGAUCAGUUGAAAUUUAUCAAUUGAACUAUAAACAUGGCUGCUAAUGGAAAAUUGGCACUUUUAAGUGUCUCUGACAAGACUGGCCUCCUGCCACUCGCGAAAUACCUGUCUGAGAUCGGUCUCAACCUCGUUGGUAGCGGUGGCACUGCUUCAGCACUGCGCAGUGCUGGUCUGAAAGUGCUCGAUGUGUCGGACAUUACGGGAGCCCCGGAAAUGCUGGGGGGCCGAGUUAAAUCCUUGCACCCGGCAGUACAUGCAGGGAUUUUAUCAAGGCUCACGGACUCCGACCAAGCUGAUAUGAAGCGUCAGAACUACGACAUGAUCAGCGUUGUAGUCUGCAAUCUGUACCCAUUUGUCGAGACAGUAUCCAAACCAAACGUGACCAUAGCUGAUGCGGUAGAAAAUAUAGAUAUCGGAGGGGUAACUCUAUUAAGAGCUGCGGCUAAGAAUCACGACAGAGUGACUGUUAUAUGUGACCCAGCUGAUUAUGAUGUGGUUAUUGAUGAGUUGAAGAAGAACGCUGAUCGGCAAACGUCUCUGGAGACUAGGCAAAGACUAGCUCUGAAGGCGUUCACUCACACAUCGCAAUACGACACCGCCAUUUCGGACUACUUCCGUAAACAAUAUUCCGCCGGUAAAUCUCAGUUAACACUCAGAUAUGGCAUGAACCCCCACCAAAAGCCGGCCCAGGUAUUCACAACACAGGACAAACUUCCACUAACAACUUUGAAUGGGUCGCCUGGGUUCAUUAACCUCUGUGAUGCGUUGAACGCAUGGCAAUUAGUGUACGAGCUCAGUGCUGCAUUGGGGUUGCCAGCUGCGACCAGCUUCAAGCAUGUCUCGCCCGCUGGAGCGGCUGUGGGGCUGCCAUUGUCAGAGGAGGAAGCAUCAGUGUGCAUGGUCAGCGAUUUACUACCGAAACUCACGCCGCUAGCGUGCGCGUACGCAAGAGCACGCGGCGCGGACAGAAUGAGCUCGUUCGGCGAUUUCAUAGCCAUUUCCCACGUUUGUGAUGAGGUCACAGCCAAGAUAAUAAGUAGGGAGGUGUCCGAUGGUAUUAUCGCUCCAGGCUAUAGCAAAGAGGCGUUGGAUAUAUUGAAGAAGAAGAAGGGUGGCAAUUAUUGUGUUCUGCAGAUGGACCCCAGCUAUACGCCGGAAUUGAUGGAACAGAAAACCAUCUUCGGCCUAACCCUAGAACAGCGCAGGAACGACGCGAAAAUAACAACGGAAUUAUUCAAGAACAUUGUGACAAAUAAUAAGAGUUUGCCAGAAAACGCCAUUAGGGAUCUGAUUGUGGCAACUAUCGCAUUGAAGUACACGCAGAGCAAUUCCGUGUGUUUCGCGAAAGAUGGCCAGGUGGUGGGCAUAGGCGCGGGCCAGCAGUCGCGCAUCCACUGCACGCGGCUGGCGGGCGGCAAGGCGGCGCUGUGGUGGAUGCGGCACCACCCGCGCGUGCUCGCUAUGCGCUUCAGGGCCGGCGUGACCCGGGCGAUCCAGGCCAACGCGAUCGACAACUACGUGAGCGGCACUGUUGGAUCAGACCUCCCCCUCGACCAAUGGAACGGUCUGUUCGAGGGAGCAGCGCCAGCGCUCCUCACGGAAGCGGAGAGGAGUGAGUGGCUCAGCAAGCUGGACAAAGUGGCGCUAGCUUCGGACGCUUUCUUCCCGUUCAGAGAUAAUAUCGAUAGGGCUGCGCAGGUUGGUGUGGAAUACAUCGGCAGUCCAGCUGGUUCGAACAACGACCAAGAAGUUAUUGAGGCCUGCAAUGAACACAAAAUCACGCUGGCACACACGAACCUUCGAUUGUUCCACCAUUAAAAAUUCGAAUACUAAAACAUUGUACAGAUGUAUCUAUGAUUGUGAAACAAUCAGUUUCAAUAAUAAAAAGUAAUAAAAUAUAGAUAUUUGUGCUUGGCACUUUUUAUUCCAGAAAUAAAUUAAAAUGCAUACACUAUUACAAAUAGUUUUUCAUAUCUUUUACAAUUAUAGAUCUGUAUGAGUCUCUUAUUCUCGAAUAAUGUUUUAUAAAAUGCAAUGUUGUUUUUUAUUGUUUUUUUUAGCCUGUAUUAUUAAUCGUGUUAAGGUAUUUUGUUUGUAUGAAAUGUCUUCCAAUUACAGUAUGAAUUGUCUUUAGAAGACUUUGACAUUCCCUUUAUUCUGUAGUGUUAUAAGUGAAAUAAAUGUUUAUAAGAUA